CCGAUCGCAGCGCUCGUUCCACCGCUCUUCCGCAGCCUCUGCGCCGGCCAACCGGCCCUACCGCGCCAUGGAGACGUGCGUCCUGCUGCCGCAGGAGUUCUCGCUGGUGCUGACGCCGGGCCGCGGCGGCGACGCCAAGUCGCCCGAGUCCGACGUCCAGGUCUGGAGCAACGCCCGGAUUCCGCAGGGCGUGCGCGUGUACCCGUUCCAGGGCACGGUGCGCCUGGACAAGCUGGAGGUGUACGGCUACCUCAGCCCGACAGAUAUCCGGCACCGGUUCGGCUGCUACGACGAGAUAGCCGAGCUGCAGGGCCACCGCGUGCGUCACUGCAACUGGGUGCGCUUCAUCAGACACACCAGCGUCUGCACGCCCGACGUCAACCUGGUCGGCAGCAAGUUCAGAGGGGAACCGAUUUACGAGGUGAUCCGGCCCAUCGCAGCUCACUCGGAGAUCGUGGUGUUCUACCUGCCGGAGCGGCCGCAGGAGGAGUUCGUGCUGCCUGCCGUCGCCUACCUGCGACACUCGCUCUACAAGAAGACCAUGUACGCCAUCCUCGAAGACAGCCCGCUGGACUUGUCACUGUCGCUGCUGUCGCGCCAGCGCGCGGCCGCCGCCAACCCCGGCCGCCGCCCGCCGCCCGACGAGCGGCGCGCCGCCUCGUCGCCAACGUCGACGGCGUCGACGCUGUCGCUGGGCGAGCCGGAGGCGGCGCGGCCGGGCGCGGCGCCGCGCCGGCCGCGCGAGCGCACCAUGCUGCCGUGCCAGGUGUGCGGCAAGACGUUCGACCGACCGUCGUUGCUCAAACGCCACAUGCGCACGCACACAGGGGAAAAGCCACACGUGUGUGACGUGUGCGGCAAAGGCUUCAGCACCAGCUCCAGCCUCAACACCCACCGACGCAUCCACAGCGGCGAGAAGCCGCACCAGUGCGGUGUCUGCGGCAAACGCUUCACCGCCUCCAGCAACCUCUACUACCACAAGAUGACGCACAUCAAGGUGCGAGUGACUACCAUCAGUGGAAGCGAGCUGAGGUGCUGCGUGGUCGGCAGUGUGGUUGUGGAGGUGCCGACGGGACGUCGCGCCUCGCUCGAGACGGUGGUGGUGGGGAAGCGGCCGCUGGGGGUGGACAUGGCCCUUGGGGUGGCAGGCGUCUCGGCGCUGGGGGUGUGCCGGUCGGCGGACGGUGACGUCAUCGAGGACGCGUGCUGGCUGAGAUGGGAUGAAGUCAUGCACAUCAACAUGGCCGAGCGGGACGCGGCCAUCCGAGGCGUCAACCUGGCCGUCGCCUGGGGAGCACGGACAAUCGGCCUCCGCACCGACUCGGCUACCGUUCAUCGCUGGCUUGAUGACGCCAUUAGUGGUCGCGCGCGCCUCCGAACCAAGGCGCACGCGCCGCUGCGGAGGCGACACGGCUCGCUCGGCGUGGCUACCACGUGGCAGCGCGUCGCCAUUGACGUCACGCGCCACAACGGACAGAGCUUCCUCACCAUCAUCGACUGCGGAACCAUCCCGCUUCUGCGUGUGGCGCCCCCCUGCGCCGCGCCGGUGCCGCCGAGGUCGUCGGUCACCUAG